CCUCACGGCUACACCACGUUCCCGGCCGUCCAGGGGUUGGCAGAGCUAUGUGUUAAGGUGGCAAAUCAGUAAUGGACAGACAACUUCUCUACCCUUCUCCCCCGCGUUAUAACCCCGUGGUGCUUCCGGUAGGAGGCGAGCUACGGGUGGCGGAAGUGAUCUGUUCGGGGGAAGGGCGAUGGUGUGAUUCAAAACUCAGACAGUGGAUGGACAGAACAAUCAAUGUAAAGCUAUGGUCAGUUGGAUGGACAGAACCAGUUGGAUCCGGUUAUGGGAUGCCAACAUUCCGCCCAAGCUUAAAGUGUUUGUUUUGGCAAGUUUUUAAUCGGAUUCUCCCCACAACAGAGGCACUAAGACAUAAAGACGUGGAGGUCCAUCCUAGGUGUCCUGUCGGUUGGGAUGCAGAGGAAACCAUGGAACAUUUGUUUCUGAUUGCCCGGUUGCUCGGGCGUUGUGGGAUUACUCUAGGCUGGAAUAUUUGGGUCAGGGUUUGCCUCGCCAUACCUUCCCGCUUUUCCUUAAACGACUGCUAGCUCUUAUCCGUCAACCAGAUAUGGUUAUGACUGUGAUUGCUGUACUUUGGCGGAUCUGGCGCUCUCGUAACUGGGUGACUUUGAAGGCAAACAGUUCGGGAUCCCGGCUUUGAUGCGGCAAUACAACCAGCAGGUGGAUGAGUGGUUAAGAGUGCCGGUUGAGCAGGACACCCCAUUUUCUGGUCCAGUGCUGCCACCUAGUGGCACAGCAAGUGGUAGUCCGGUUAUUUGCAUGUGGGAUGGGGCGACGCAGCACGGGUCUCACUCGGCAAGAGGAGUGGUGCUUAUGACUCGGGGAAGAGAUACUUUGAUGGCUCGCGGGGGCCAAUUCCCAUGCAUUGAUGACCCGGUGGUGGUGGAGGUAUUGGCGCUGCGUGAGGCAGUAUGGUGGUGUCUUGAGAAUGGAUUCACUGAAGUUUGCUUUGAGGGGGAUGCCAAGGUCAUCAUUGAUAAAAUCAUUCGGGCGGAGAUUGGAGAUACUCGGAUGGGGGCGAUUCUGGAGGAAAUUGUGUCUUGUUUUGCUUUGCAUCCAGGGUUUAGUGUUUGGUUUGUAGGUCGUCGUAACAAUAGGGUAGCCCAUAUGGUGGCUAGACAGGCCCUUUCAUUGUCACCGACUGCGGGUCGUUUGUUUGAUUUUCAGACCUGACUGAUUUCCAGGUUGUAACUAUCUUUUUGGUGAUUCUAUAUAAUGAAUCUCUUUUGUCAAAAAAAAAAAGUGUCUAUAUACACCAUAGAUUUCCAAUUUAUUUUCAACUACCUAUCACUUGAUAUUUCUUUGAAAAUGUAAUUUUCUCGUAAGGAUUGUACAACUGUAGCGGAAGUUGUAUCGAAAAAGUACAUAAUAGUAUAUUUAACUAUGGUUUACAUCGAUUUAAACCGCUAAAACCGUCUACUUAUUUGACUUCGAUAAAAGAUUUUUUGGUGGGUCACCCCCCACUGUAUGAUACGAUUUUAUGACAAUGCAUAAAAAUAUUAAAAUUAUUAUAAUAUCCUGAAAUUUUCUAUCCAUAUGAAAUUUAAUAUAUUUUGUAUACAAGUGGAGUUUAUUUAACCUUAACUUUAUUUUUUACACCACCAACUUAUAAUUUUGAUCCCUCCUACAACGACACCCAUUUAAAAUAAUAUUUGAUGGGAAAAUUGCUACAAACAUUAUUAAUGUUAAUUAAAAAAUUAAAGAAACGACAAAGAAAAGGAAGUUGAACGGUAAAGGAAGAAAUAAUGCGCAAAAAAAGUGGGCAACCGGAAAAAAAAACAUAGGUUGGAAUAUAAAAUUAUUAAAUGAAAAGAAAAACUGAAAGUUGUGCAUAGCAAAUUGCUUUUCUGUGCCUAUGAUACUUUCAUCAUUGAGCUCUUGCAAUGAGUAAUACUCUUUGAUAAUGUGUUUUUCAUUAUGUAACUAAGUUUCUAUUUUGCGGUGUCCGUAGUUGAUCAUCCAUAUGAUUAAUUAGAAGGAUUCAACGCACGCGUUGGGUAACAGCCUUCUCUUUGAGGUUCGGGUUUCACUUCGCAAAUUCGUCUCACGCCACUGUAGGUAGCCUUCUAUAUGAAGUUCAGAUCCUUCUAACCUCCAUACAUCGUUCAUCGUUCCACUCUGCCUCACGUAAGUAUAAUAGGGCUACCCAUCUCGUGGCGAAACAAGCCCUCUCAUCGUUGGAUCGUCGGUUGGUCGACCAACGACUCUUUCUUAAUUCUAUUUUGUAAUUUUGACUUACAAAGGUCUGCUUACUAUGUCAUAUAUAUGUUGUAUUCCCUCUUGGGAUAUCUUUGACAAAAAAAAAAAGUUGUGGAUAGCAGAGGAUGACUAACAUGGAGGAUUUUGUGCAAAAUGGGAACUAGGGUGAUCACUACUUGAGGCGUGCUUCGCGAAAACUCUGGUGAUUGCCAUGGAGGAUUAUGUUCAACAAUGGGUACAUGAUCAGCUCUGAUUGUUGAACUUUGGGGAAUCUUCUAUGGUAUUUAGCUAGCAUGGAAAAAAGGAAUCCAAUUCCACAUUGUCGAAUUAGAUUCAAAACUUUCAGUCGACUUGAUCAAUAAGCUCUCGGACCCGAUACACCCCCAUGCUACCUUGCUAGGCGUGAUUUGUCGGAUUCUUGCUCAAGAUUGGAUGGGUUGCCCAAUUUAUACAUAUCACGAGGGGAAUAGAGUCGCAGACUGGCUCUCGAAACAAAAUUUCGUGUUUCCUUAUAUAAUUAUAUAUAAUUGGACCAGACUAGUGUACUUCUGGAGUAUACUAUACUCCAGGUAUAUUUAUCCAUAUAUCUUUAUCUAGAUCAUGAAUUAAAUCCAGUUUGGGGUAUGAUACUAUACCCUACCUCUAAUGGAUAAACUCCAACCCCCGAUUCUCUAAACUCAAACCAGAAAGUUCAAUUUAAUAAAAAAUAUUAAUCGAC